ACGAUUAUAUUAUAUACUCCGAAUGAAGUUCACUGACAACGGCAAGCCUGAAAGGACACGCUUUAGAAAAACAAAACGCACAUUUCCUUUGUAGCAGGCCCCGCCCCUUUCUGGAGGUGAACGGAUCUUUCACCGCACCCUUCUCUCCUGUCUCCUCUCCUCUGUGCUCCCGCACCGUCUCCUCCUCCUCUUCCUCCUCCCCCUGCUCUUCCUCCCGCACACUCUCCUCUCUGUAUGACACGAGCAGACCCGCUCUGUGGAUGGACAGAGGAAGACUAGCGCAGGAUGCGGGCUCACGGUCCGGGGCGUGUGUCUGUUUUGGGAAUCCGUCACUGAGCUAGCCGAGCGCUCUCCUCUUCCUCCUCCUCUUCCUCCUCCUCUUCCUCAUCUUCCUCAUCCUUCUUCCUCUCCGACAUCAUGGCCAAGCAGUACGAUGUGCUGUUCAGACUGCUGCUGCUCGGAGACUCGGGAGUCGGAAAAACCUGCCUGUUAUGCAGAUUCACCGACAACGCGUUUCAUCCCUCACACAUUUCCACCAUCGGAGUGGAUUUUAAAAUGAAGACGUUAGAGAUCGAUGGAAUCAAAGUGAGGAUACAGAUAUGGGACACAGCAGGACAGGAGCGAUAUCAGACCAUCACUAAGCAGUACUACAGACGGGCGCAGGGAAUCUUUCUGGUGUAUGACAUCACAAGUGAGCGCUCCUUUCAGCACAUCAUGAAGUGGGCCAGUGAUGUGGACGAGUACGCUCCUGAAAAAGUGCAGAAGGUGCUGAUCGGUAACAAAUCCGACGAGGAACACAAAAGACAAGUGGCCACAGAGCAGGGGAACAAGCUUGCUAAAGCUUACGGAAUGGACUUUUUUGAGACAAGUGCCUUUACCAAUCACAACAUCACAGAGUCCUUUACACGUUUAGCUGAGCUGGUGUUGCAGGCUAAUAAAAAGGACCUCGAUCUCCUACGGGUGUCCAGCAACGACCAGCUGGAUCUAGCAGCGCUGGAGGAAGAGACGGGAGUGUGCGACGGUAGCAGUGACACCCAAAAGACAUGCUGGUGCUGAGGACAGGAAGUGACAUUAACACAUUUUUGCUUUUUCUUAUCCAGUGUCAUUUUUUUGAUUGGAAGAUUUGUUCUUGUCUUUUUUUUGUCUCUCAGUUUGGUGCCUUUCAGUUCGUAGCAUAAAUUUAGACAUUUUGGCAUUUCAAACGUACGAAUGUGGUCAAUAAAGUCAUACAGCAGUUACA